AUGUCGGGCAGAGGCUUUUACGGACCACCUCGUGGACGUGGAGGAUAUGAUGGUCGUGGAGGUCCUCGCGGACCGGAUGGACGUCGUGGGUGUGGCUUCGAUGAAGGAGAGCUGUACGGUCCGCCCCCGAGUUGUCAAGGUGGAAGAGGUCGUGGUGGACCACGAGGUCAAAGAGGAUAUGGAUCUUCACAACCUACUGAGUAUCCAUCAUUUCAACGUAACCCGUCAACAGAUCGGUCACGUGUUGGUGAUGUUCCAGGGGUGUGGAAGAAGCCUGCAUGGAGCGCGCAUGUACCUUGUGAACGUGGUGACAUAGAAUCAUCGUCAUUACGACUGGAAAACGAGGCUACCUUGGAAGCUGCUCGCCAAAAGAAAAGCCAAUGUAUGAAGAAAGCUGUGUGUGACGUGUCUCGUGAGCUUUCAAAACUAAGCAUGCAAAGGCCACUGGGAAUUCCAAACAGACCAGAUAAAGGUGGCACAGUCGGGAGAACAGUGAGAGUUACUUCAAAUUGUUGGGACCUUGCUUUCCAUCAGAAGACGGUAUACUUGUACUUUGUUGAGGCGAUCUCAGUAUACCGCCUGGACUCAAAGGAGGGCAGUAAGACGGAGAUAAGAAUGCCACCGAGAGAGUUGCGAUCUCUGACACAACAAGUAGCUAGUUCCUUUCCAGAUACGGUGGUAUAUGAUGGAGGGCACGCAAUAUACUCUGAAGACCCGUUAACGGGUGUUACAACGGACCCUGUGGAGAAGGAGAUGGAGAUCGAAGACCCGCUUGGUCGUGAUCGCCUUCUCCUAAAGUAUCGUAUUAUGGAAGUACAGCGAGUGUCUACUUCUGAUGUUGAUCAUUUUAUAAAGAAUCCGAAGGCGACUUCGAUGAAUAUGCCCCAGGAGUCCAUCAGGCUACUGGAUUGUAUUCUGAAAACAGUCUCUAGACAGUCGUUCGUUUCUGUUGGACGUUCAGCCCUGUUCGAGGCGAAACCGAUUAGAGUUGUCGCGGAUAAACUCUUCAGCAUCCAUAAAGGUUUUAUUAGUAGUGUGCGACCUCAGUGGAAGGUCCGUGUAAACUUGGAUAUGACGUGCAAGGCGUACUUCACGUCUGGGAAUUUGGCGGACGUGAUGUACGCAAAGUAUGGCGAUGGGAUGUCUCGGUGCAGUGGAGAAAUGGCCCGUGACUUGAGAAGAAUCAGAGUGGAGAGUGAGAAGUUUUACAGGAGCGACAGUGGUAGGAUGUAUUCGCGACGGUUCACUGUGCACGGGAUGUCGUCACUACCAGCUGAUCGUCUAAUGAUUGAGGAGGUGAAUGAGACGGUGGCAGAAUAUUUUAAGAGGCAUCAUCAUAUCACACUGAAGUAUCCAGAGCUGCCUUGUGUGAAGGUUGAUCAAAAGCGGGAGGUGUAUAUGCCUAUGGAGUUGUUGAACAUACUACCGUAUCAAGCUCCUAAUGCGAGUAAAGCGGAUGUUGCUAGCGAAGUGAUCCGGUGUUCGGCAGUUCGACCGCAGGAACGUUUCCAAGAGCUGCAAAACUUUGCUAACAAUAUGCUGAAGUCACACCCACUGAUCCAACAAUUUGGUUUGGCGAUCGAGCCGAGGCCAGUGGAAGUGAAGGCACGUGUUCUGCAGCCGCCAAGUGCUAAAUUUGGUCGUUCCGGUGUGCAACCGCUAAAGGCAGGUAGCUGGAUGUCACCUGACUUUCAUGAGCCAGCUGGCAAGGGAGUGGAGCUGAUGUGGGCCAUACUUUGUGUUCCACCUAAUCAGCGGUCUCAGAGUCACAUACAAAAGGUGAUGUCAGAAAUGCCUAGAGCAGGAAGUCGCUAUGGGGUUCGUCUAAGCCCUCGACCAAUUGUGGCACAGUGUCCUACAGGAGAACUUGGCAGAAGGUUUGAAGAUUUCAGUAGACAAGGCUGUUCGUUUGUGCUUCUAAUCUUGUACGACGAGCGCAACUACUCGGCAGUUAAACGCCUGAGUGACCUGCAAAUGGGUAUCCGUACACAGUGUGUACUUGGUCGUACUCUGGAGAAGGCGAACGUUUGCCGUAAGUGCUUGCUACUACUGUUUACGUGUGACGUUUGUUUUCUGUUUCUGUAUUUCGACAAGCUUAACUUUAACUAAUGGGAUUAAUUUGUGCUUUGUUCAGCGAACCUGUUACUGAAGCUGAAUGGGAAAUUGGGUGGUGUGAACUGGCAGAUCCCCGACCUGAUUAAGAACAGUGGUGAGUUGCUGAUGGUGUUUGGGGCGGACGUGACCCAUCCGGCGCCGACACAAACUCAUGGUGAAAUUCGGAAGUCGGUGGCUGCUGUUAUUGGUAGUGUAUCACCGGAUCUAAUGAGGUACGCUGUGGUGAUCCGCCAACAGGCGACGACAGAAAAGGGGAAUAAGGGAGCGAGAGAAAUAAUCGACGACAUGCGUGUUAUUGUGAAGGAGUUGCUUGAGGUUAGUUUUCAUUGUGGGCCAACUGUGAAGUGAUUGAUGUUGCUGGUUGGUGUUGUUGUUGUUGUUGGAGCACGCUUCUGUUGUUGCUUGUUUAUGUUGUUGUUUUGCAGGUAUACUUGCGAAAUACGAACGGUCGUUUCCCAACGCGUAUACUAUUCUAUCGUGAUGGCGUCUCGGAAGGCCAGUUCGAGAAUGUGUUGGUAGAGGAGUUGGCGGCGAUUCAGAGAGCUUGUGCAGACAUUCGUCCUGGUGAAGAACCCGCGAUCACGUAUAUUGUUGUGCAGAAGCGUCACCACAUUCGGUUUCGACCGAGCGAGCCUAGGGCGAGAAACGUGGAGCCAGGGACGGUGGUUGAUACAGACAUCACACAUCCAAGGGAAUUCGAUUUCUACUUGUGCUCACAAGAAGGGAUUCAGGGCACUUCGAAACCUGCUCACUAUCACGUUUUAUAUGAUGACAGUGACUGGACGUCGGACGGUUUGCAGUUGUUCACCUACCACCUAUGCUAUGCGUAUAUGAGGUGUUCGCGUAGUGUCUCAUAUCCAGCGCCAACUUAUUA